AUGGCUUUCACGCAGGCCGCCAAUUUGGUAGAGAAGGCUGUCGGUCACGGUGGCAAUGCAUCGAUCACAACUGAUAUAAGCAACUAUAACAAUGAGCACGGAAUGGAGACUGGGGAUUUGAUCCAAGCCACCGUCUGGGACGGUAAAAACCAAGUGAAACUUGUUCAAAUGCGCAUGCCUAGAGUUGUCGAUCCAGGUGAUGUGAUUGUCAAGAUAACUGGCAGCACCAUCUGCGGAAGCGAUCUUCACUUAUAUCAUGGAGUCAUUCCACAGCUUCAGAAAGGUGAUGUGCUGGGCCACGAAUGCUGUGGUGUGGUCGAAAGCGUGGGACCGGAGGCGGAUAAAGUCAAAGUCGGUGAUCGGGUCGUGGUGUCUUUCCCCAUCGCGUGCGGUGACUGUAUGAACUGUCGGAAAGAGCUGUUCUCGCAAUGCGAAAGAACCAACGAGAACACCGUCGAGAAUGCGCUAUAUGGGAAACGAACAGCCGGAAUGUUUGGAUACUCUCAUUUCACGGGCGGCUUCGCUGGCGGCCAAGCUGAGCACAUUCGGGUUCCUUACGGCAAUGUGAACCUGCUCUCGAUUCCGGACGAUGUGCCCGAUGAGAAAGCCCUUUUCUUAUCUGAUGUUUUGGCCACAUCCUGGCACUGUGUGGUUGACACUGGUGUCAAAUCCGGAGACGUGGUUGCUAUCUGGGGUGCAGGACCAAUCGGCCAGAUGUGUGCUCAAUUCAGCUUCUUCCACGGCGCCGAUCGUGUUAUUCUCAUUGAUGGUGGUAACGGGGCAUGGCGAUUGGAUUAUGUGCAGAACAAAGUUCCGAAGGUCGAGACCCUUGACUUCAGCAAGCUUCCCAAGGGCGAAUCGGUCACAUCGCAACUAAAGAAAAUGGUUUACGGAGGACCCGAUGUUGCCCUGGAGUGUGCCGCAGGUGAAUACGCCAAGGGAUGGUCGCAUUACUUUGAGCAGAUGCUAGGACUAGAGACCGAUAGUUCCGAGAUUCUCAACGAGAUGAUCACAUCAGUUCGGUCUUUUGGACGAGUGGGCGUGACUGGGAUCUAUGCAGCAUAUACGAAUCACUUCAACAUCGGAGCUCUGAUGGAGACUGGGGUUCGGUUCAUCGGAAACGGACAGGCACCAGUGCACAAAUACUGGAAACAACUUAUGGAGCUCAUCCAGAACGGGCAACUUAACCCGCUGGACAUGGUGACUCAUCGCGUGCGCCUCGAGGACAUAGAAAAGGUCUAUGAGGCUUUUGAUAAGCGAGACCAGGGCAUGCAGAAGAUCUUUGUACAGACGAAGCACUCUGCUCCUCCGUCCGACGGUGCACCUAAAUUGACGGAGAUGUGA